UCCGGCGCGGACGCCAUGGUGCGGUUCAAGCACAGGUACCUUCUGUGCGAGCUGGUGUCAGAGGACGCGCGCUGCCGCCUGAGCCUGGACGACCGCGUGCUCGGCGGCCUCGUCCGCGACACGAUCGCCCGGGUGCACGGGACCUUCGGCGCCGCCGCCUGCUCGGUGGGCUUUGCAGUUCGCUACCUCAAUGCCUACACUGGAGUAGUGCUACUUCGAUGCCGAAAGGAGUUCUACCAGCUUUUGUGGUCAGCUCUCCCUUUCAUCACGCAUUUGGAGAGCAAAGGACGCCGGUACUCGUGUUUUCUCAACACACUGCACGUGGGAGGUACCAUUAGAACCUGUCAGAAAUUCCUGAUUCAGUACAACCGGAGACAGCUGUUGAUACUGCUGCAGAAUUGCACUGAUGAAGGGGAGCGGGAAGCCAUUAAGAAGUCUGUCUCGAGAAGCUGUCUACUGGAGCAAGAACCGGCUGAAGAGCUCUCAGACAUUGCUGGUGAGGACACUGCGGAAGCAAUGGAAUGACCCUGUUUCCAGGCCCACUUGUGGGACCAGCACCCCAUAGUUCUCCAAACUACGAGCCAGAGCACAGGUGACCAGUCGUCGCUGCCUUUACCAUCCAUGGUCCUAGAGGCUCUGUACAGACGUUUCCUGUGUAACCACUGAGCUGAGUGGGUGGAAUAAAUAUUCUUGGCUUCCAAAGCAA